AUGCGUAAGAACAACUGCGGGAAGAGGACGAAUCAGAUCCAGCAGGCUCGGCCAACUCAACAUAUCACAGCAGACGUCUCCGAACCCACUCGCUCAGGCGCCACCGACAUAUCGGAAGCCAUCAUGGCCUACGUCCCUUCGUCGAACUACUCCGACAAGCCGCUGUUCUUCUUCAAGGAGGAUGAAGAGAAUGGCAUCUUCUGUCAAUGGUACAGAUGUCACUUCACAGAUCCUCAGCUCGAUGGCCUCACCUUCAACUGCGCUGAACAGUACAUGAUGUAUCACAAAGCAAUGACAUUCAACGACCGUCUCACUGCUGGCCUGGUCAUGAAAGCAACAUCGCCAUGCAAGCAAAAAGGGUUCGGGCAGCAGAUUGCUGGUUUCGACGGUGCGAGAUGGAACCAAGUCAAGAGCACGGUUGUGCAAAGAGGGAAUUACCUAAAAUUCACCCAGUGCAAUAAUGCUGCGAGCUUCAAGGCGGACGAUGUGGGAGAGCCUGCGCCGCUGAAGGGCCUGCUCCUGGCGACGGGGGAGCGGGAAUUGGCAGAAGCGAGUCAUUUUGACCGUGUUUGGGGCAUCGGUUUCAGAGCGGACGUCGCCCUUGGCGUUCCGAGGUCACGAUGGGGAGAAAACCUGCUCGGAAAGGCACUGAUGCAUGUGAGGGGCGAACUUCAAAGAGAGGCAGAGGCUCAAUAA